UGUGCUCUUUGGAAAGCAGCCGCAUCAAGAACCAGCUGCGACUACCUAUGAGCAUUUGAUCCCCCAGGAACACGAAUUCACGGCCGCGCAGACAACGAAAGUUGCCGGGAGCAUCGAUGCCUUGUGUUGCCAUCUGUUAACAUCCUUCUCAGAUUGUAGGAUAUUCAAGUCGUCUUCUGUCCCCACCUGCGGAAAGGCGAUGGAGCCACCACCAUCAAAACGCAACGACCGCCCGAGAAUUCGGAAUCGCCGACGAAGAGGGAACCACGGCUUAACACCUGACGAAGUGCCGCACUUCAGCUUUGCUCGGCACUCUGCAGAGAGCGAAGCGUUCGGCGAACUCCCGCCGUCGGAUACGCCUGUGUUUUCUGAUGACGGGGGUGCCUCGGCGUCGGCUCAAGCCGCUCGCGCAAGAUACCGAACCAGGGCCAAGAGGGGUACGACGCUGGGAAGAGCAAGACCCCCAUUUACAGGAGGUCCUGACAGAGGAGGGCGUCGGGGAGGGCGAACCCCACAAGAUGUGACCCCGUGCCGCAGCGCUCGAAGUACAGGCCAUGGCUCAUUUGACGACGCUCCUUCCGAGCCUUGUCCUCCGGAAAGCGAUAGGACAGUAGGCGGCUGCCAUCAAGAGAACAUUCCAGACGAUGACCCUCCGAAGAACGACUGCGAUGACCGGCGGAUGUUCGCGGUUGGAGCAGAUGGUUCCUCGGCGAGCAAGGCGGUGCCUUUCCCGACGUUCGCUGAGAUAACGUCCGCCAUCAUGUGCCGGCGCGAAGAAAUUGGACCUACGAGUGAAAAGUCAAUCUCAUUGUACAUCCACGACUGCUACUUGCACGCGGUGUCCUCGGAUGUGCGAGCUACACUCGGCAGCUUCCGCCUUGUUCCCAACAGGGGCCUAGGCCGCGUCGUAACGACCGUCAACUGCGACCCGGCCUCGCUUCGUGGCGCUGCCGUCGCCUUCUGCGAUCAGGAAAACCAGUACAUAUGCUAUGGAGAGAUCCUGAAACUCGAUGGCAAACGAGUCGCCUUGCUGUACGAUGGUCUGGGAGUUACCGACGACAAUGAAAGUCACGAAUUUGUUCUGGUCAACUUGAAUUUGGAUGCGAGCUGCUUCAUCAACCAUCUCGCUUCGCUACGUUCAAAAUCGUUUGACGACUUGGAGCGAGUGAAAUCGAUGCUUCUAGGUGAGGCCUGUCAGCCUCUUGAGUCUGGACAUGAGGUCGUCCAGGAUCAGGCUGCAAUGCAAACUGCGCUUGACUUGUCAUUGGACAGCAAGCUGGCAGGGGCUCUUGACGAAGAUCAAGUGGUUGCAGUAAGAGCUGCAGUUGCUUCUGAUAGAGGCGUGCUAAUUCAUGCGCCUUCAGGAACCGGUGACAAAGAGCUGCUGAGGGCCGCUGUGCAAUUGACUCUUACUGUGGAUGGCUUGAAGAGCCGAGGGCCUGUGCUUGUAGUAGGUAGCGGGCUAACCCCUAUGUUCAAAAAUGAACCAGAUGGCUUAUUUUGUUUGGACGUCGAAGUGGACAAAGCAGCAAGUGCUGUUGAAGAAUCUGCCUCAGCUAUUUUAUCGAAAGGAAAAAUGAAUGAGUGUCUUCUUAGAAUCAGCAAGGUGUUGAAAGACCUGAACAGUUUGAAGUGUGCUAUCCUCCACCAAUCUCAAUUUCAAGGGAUCACCCGCGAGUUCUCAACUAAAAGGAAUGAGGGAAGAAACUGCGUAGAAAGGUGGCUAAUGCAUGGAGUUAGUCGCAACGACAUGUUGACUGCUGUGUCGCCCGCUGAUAUGAAUGAUUACCGCGAAGACUGUCAGUACGCGAUAAAAGGAAGCGGGGUACCCACCAAUUCAAAUCGUUCAGUUGGCUUUCGUUAUGAGAGGGCUCCGCAAACUUCCCAAGGCGCCGAAGGUGUCUCUGACGAUGUGAAAGCUGUUUACAUCUGGAAAACUCUCAAGGCUACUCGAGCGGACGAAUUUCAUGAGGAACAGACCAAUAUCAUUCAGAUGGAGCGGUGCCAACGAUGGCAGCUAUACAAGCAGUGGAUUGUGUGCCUGAGGCGAAAUAUCCUCGAUAAACUUGAAGACGCUCAACGCGAAGUAUUGCAUUGCUACCUCCACUGCGGUAAAAUGCUAUCCGAAAAUGUCUCGCGUUCGACUUCCGGGACGUCUGUUAUUGUGACCUCUGUGACUACAGCCAUCGCGCAUGGCGCCGUCAUCGACUCAAUGCAACCUAAGGCCUUGGUUGUGUUCCGAGCGCACCAAGUCCCAUCUUUGCUUGCUGGUAGUCUCUUCUGUAACAGCAUUUCAAAGCUCGUUUUCAUAGGUGAUGGCGUAUGUUCAAAGGGAACACUAUCUUCGUCACUUUGGUCUUGCGCAUUCAGCAGUCAAGGCUUUGAGUUACACGAACUAAGCGUUCAGUAUUUUCUCUCGCAGCCGGUCUGCAACCUUCUAGCACCGUUCACAAAAAAUGUGCUGCAGUCGGGCGGCAGCAUUGAGCCUGUCAGAGGCAUUGCAGAAUCUGUGCAGUUCUUCGACAUUCCCAACAAAGAAGAAGCAGUCUUGAUGAUAUCCCGGUUGUGUCUUCAUUUUCAGACACACGGCUACCAUGCGAGAGACGUGGCUAUUGUUACCCUAUCGCCUUCUGCUGCAGUGGCAGCGCAGACGCUGGUCGAAAAGCUGUGGCAGGUAGGGUGUGAACACGCAGUGAUGUCUGUCAAAACCUUAGGUUCCACUUUUUGUAAAAUCCUGAUCUUGCUUGUCGGCUCAGGUGCACGUGGCUCAGAUCUUGCGGCUGCUCUGAGCAGGGCACGUUGCGCAGUGUACGGUUUUGGAAGGCUAGCAAGCGCUGACGAGAGCUGCCAGAACGUCUUCAACACGGCCAACGAAAGCAACAGGUCUGCCAGUCCAGCUCUUUCUUUGUCCUGUGUGCGCCACCCUGGAACCGUCGUGCGUAUCGAAUCCGGAGACGAUUUUGUGACAAAGAUGCAGCAAACUGGGGGGUGCAUGCAAUUAUGCGGUGCUAAAAAACGUUGCAGUCAUGUGUGCUUACAGAUGUGCCACAGUGGGGAUCACCCGGACUUUUGUGACCAGCACUGCUUGAAAUAUAUUUGCAGUCGGAAACAUCUCUGUCUAAACAGGUGCUCCGAGCGCUGCACUCAGCGGUGCAUGGUUGACGUCACUGAAAAACUCCCUUAUUGCACCCACACUGCUACAUUUCCUUGUUACAAGUGGGAAGCGGGUUAUGCAACAGUGCCUGGUACCGCGACAGUCAGCCGAUGCGGUCCGCACCAGUACAAGUGCAAGGUACCAGUUACUGUAAACCUAAAGUGCGGACACGCAGCACAGAUUACGUGCUCUGAGAACCAAUCUACGGCAACCACAAGUGCUUCAGCUGUUGGACCUCUUGGAAACUUGCCCUUAAGCCAGUACAAGUGCAUGGUACCAGUUACCGUAAACCUGCAGUGCGGACACACGGCACAGAUUCCGUGCUCUGAGAAUAAAUCUACGGUAGCCACGGGUGCCUCAGCACUUGGAACUCUAGGCUCUCUAUCCCUGCUCCAGUACAAGUGCCAGGUGCCAGUUUCCGUGGACCGGGAGUGCGGACAUAAGUUGCAGAUUAGCUGCUUUGAGAACCGGAAUCAGUCCACAGUGGUCACAAAUGCCUCCGCAGUUGGACGUCUGGGACAGCGAGUCAACUUGCCCCCGUGCCGAAGAUCUGUGCUAGUGACCUCUUCCUGCGGUCACACAAAGUCCAUCCAGUGUUGCGACAAAGCUGGAUAUCGGUGCGACGUCUCGGUAACGGCCGUCCGUCCUUGUGGUCACUCUUGUUACGUCUCCUGCGGAGCGGACCGCAGGGUUUUCCCGCCAUGCACUGUGCAAGUGAAAGUUGAGCUAGACUGUGGUCAUUCAGCUCACGGGUCUUGCAACAGAACCUCCUCGUUGAAGUGCACAAUGUUCGUCAAGAGAACAUUGUCUUGUGGCCACACACUUGACGUGGUUUGCAGCGAACCUAGUCCCCAGUGCCGAGUUAUGGUUUCCAGGACACUUUCAUGCGGCCACGUUGCCGCCAGGCCCUGCUGCGACAGCACAUCUCCGUGCCCCUGGCGAUGUGGUUACGUAUUGCGCUGUAAGCAUGCGUGCAGAUUACCGUGUGGAAACCAUCCUCACGAGGACAAGUGCGGGGAUUGCAAGGACAAGUGCUCCAUUUCUUAGUGACUGUCAAUUUUUGGUCGAUCUGUAAAAUGUCAAGAUUGUGCUUCUUUCACCAAAGGAAAAAAAAAUUUCACACUUGCGAGUACUGUAGCUUGCUUUAAUCUUCAGUUAUUGUCUGCACGGUAGCGCGAGCCCGUAGUGGUUUCAGUAACGCAAAGAAGGGCGAGGUCCAGAAGGCGGCAGAUGCAACCCUGUGGAUCACGGCAAUGUACUACUUAUCUACUGUGUUCGGCGCGGAGACGUCGUGCUGUUUAUCAUCGAGCAUGAUGCGAACGCUAAGCUGACGAGUUUAACCUGACACGAAUAAAGCAUUUAAAAGAACAGUUUAAUGAAAGGGUCCUUACCCGCCGUGGUUGCUUAAUGGCUAUGGU